AUGUUGCUGCUGCUGCUGCUGCUGCUGGGCCUGCCCAGCCUCUUCCUGGGUGUCUUGGUCUGGGUUGUCCUGGAGCACUUCUUCACCACACACAUCCCCUCCUCCGUGCAGCACCCUGCCAAGCUGCGGUUUCUGCACUGUGUCUUCUUGUACGUGGUCACGUUGGGGACGAUACUUGAGAAGCUGGGCAUUUGCCCUAUGCCCAAAUUUGCCCGUUUCAUACAUGACCUGGGGAUCAACAGAAAGGACCCCAAAGUGAAGGUGACCAACCUACACUUCGGCUCCAUCCCCGUGAGGCUCUUCCAGCCCAAGGCAGCAGCCGCCAGCCCCCGGCGAGGCAUCAUCUUCUACCACGGAGGGGGUGCUGUGUUUGGGAGCCUCGAUUCCUACCAUGGCUUGUGCAAUUUUCUGGCCCGGGAGACCGAUUCUGUUCUGCUGUCAGUUGGGUACCGCAAGCUCCCUGACCAUCACAGCCCCGUGAUCACUCAAGACUGUCUGAACGCCUCCAUCCACUUCCUGAAGGCUCUGAAGACCUAUGGGGUGGACCCUUCCCGAGUGGUGGUCUGUGGAGAGAGCAUUGGGGGAGGGGCUGUGGCCCUGGUCACCCAGAGCCUGGUGGGGCGCUCAGACCUUCCUCGGAUCCGAGCUCAGGUCCUGAUUAAUCCGACUGUCCAGGGCAUCAACCUGCAGUUGCCAUCCAUGCAGAAGAAUCAAAGAGUCCCAUUCCUUACACGCAAGUUCCUGGUGACUGUUGUGUGUCAGUACAUGGCCAUUGAUGCCUCCUGGCACCACGCCCUCUUGACCGGUGCUUUUAUACCUCCGGACGCUUGGAACAAGUACCGGAAGUGGCUGAGCUCAGACAAUAUCCCCAAGGAAUUCAAGAGCAAAGAUCACCAACCCAGUUUUCCUGGCCCUUUUAACGAGGCUGCCUACCUGGAGAUGAAGCACCUGUUGCAGGCCGAAAAUUGCCCCAUCCUAGCAGAAGAUGACGUCAUCGCUCAGCUUCCAGCAGCCUUGCUUGUGAGCUGUGAGAAUGACACCCUCCGUGAUGACGCCUUGCUCUAUAAGAAGCGCCUGGAGGACCAGGGGGUCCCUGUCACGUGGUACAAUGUGGAGGACGGCUUUCAUGGAUCUGUCAUUCUGUUUGACAAGAAGAUGUUCUCUUUCCCAUGUUCCCGUAAAAUCAUGAAUUCCGUAGUCUGUUACAUAAAGGGCAUCUGAUGCCAGUCCUGGGGUCAUCAAAGGCCUCCUGCCCCUGCCUAGUCCCUUGGCAGGCUCCCUCUGUGUGACCUCCUGGAUGCUGA